AACGGAGCCACAAAGAUGGCGGAGAAAGGUGCGAACCCGGGGAAUGGUGAUACGGGUUUAGUGUCCAGCUCUUGCUUGGCUUCCAGCACUGCCGGAAUGGUGGGUCUACCACGAAUAUCUCAAAAUCCAUUUGCUAUAAAAACCACAACACCGACGAGAAGUGUUGCCGACAGUACUGACAACAAAGAAUCAAAGCCCAUCGUAGCUCCUCCAACAUUAGUCUUGGGCUCAGACAAUGCCGUGUCGUCUUCGGCAAGCAAGGUGGUGCUUCGACCUUCUCCCCUUGAAUUUCAGGCUGAAAAAUUGAAGUUGACGAAUGCGUCAGCACUGGAAAACUCGGGGUCAGAAGAGAAGGAUGCCGCGCGAGAUGGCAAAGAAGUGAGCUCCACUUGUGAGCCAAUGAGUAACGGGACAACAAACGACUCCUCGUCUCAGUCCGAAAGCAAUAGCGUCGCUCUGGAUGUGAAAAACGGCUCAAGACUGCUUCACGCAGAAAUGCCCUCUUCUGGCCUUCUCAACUCAACAUUAGAUGACUCUACGUCUCCAAACCCAGCGGCUCCGCCUCCAGAAGGUUUCGUGUUCGGAGAGAACCUGCGUGAAAGAGCCUCUAACUACGACGAGGGAUCCUUGGAAUGUUGGCCAUCGGUGGUGUCCCCACAAUCCGAACUAACUUUCGAGCAAAUCCAGAACACUCAACCAAACCCCCCUGCUGAAGAGGCGACCGACCUGUCUGCUUCAGCGGCAAACAAGCAGACAAAGAGCUUGACAGAGUCUGCAGAGGAGUACCAGUCACGGCAAGUCAAAAGAAGGUACGACGAGGUGACGGUCGUUACAGGAGAGGAAAAUGAAUCUAACGUCUUGCAGAUAAACUGCAAGCUUUUCACGUUUGACAAGACAGCAAGUUCGUGGCAAGAGCGAGGGCGGGGAAAUUUGAGGCUCAACGACCGUGAGGUCGAAGGGGUCUUGCAGUCACGGCUCGUGAUGAGGACCCAGGGCAGUCUGAGAGUUAUUCUCAACACAAAAGUUUGGUCAGGGAUGGUGGUUGAGCAUCCCAGUUCUAAAACUGUGCAGACGUCAGCUAUCGACCCAGAUGGCAUUCGUGUGUACCUCAUUCAGGCAAACGCGAAAGACGCUGAACAGCUUUUCAGUGCCCUCGACUGGCGAGUGGCCACGCUAAAGUCAGCAGAAGAGAACAACCCUUCGUCGUCUGCUUCUGCCUACCACUUGUCCAGCACUCAAUCCUCUGCGGACAGCUCUUCUUUUGGUGGGGUCCACAGUCCGGCAAAGCGGCAGCGGAUCAACCUUCCGGACAGCAGCGGUGAUGACCACCCAGGAGAUGAUGCGGAUGAGCAGAGGCCCUCCUCGGAAUGUGACAGCAGUGCUGAAGACAAGGGUUAGAUUACUCUCAACACAGCAGCUGUCUCUGAGCAUUCCUUCACCUCAAGAGCGUAAGAACUUCCUCCUCCUCCUCCUCCUCUUUCUGACUUUUAAGGACUCGCACACGUUUUAAGUGUGCCACGUCAAGGUCCAGAUAAUAUAUAACGUCUGGCAGUGCCUGUUGAGAGAUAUGACACUAACAAGUGCUGGACACAGCGUAUCUUUUUACGUGUAUUUUUUUAGCAUAAUCUUUCGUUAUUGUGCACUGAGGGCUCUGUAAUAUGGCCUCGUUUUCACCCUCAUUGAGGUUCGGUGGAAAAGGAAGGUAAUGCUUUAAUACGAAGUACAGAGCAAUCCCGUUAAUUCGAACUUCCAGAUAAUUUGAACUGUCGCCCGUGUCCCGGCAAAGGCAUCGUGUAUUCCAAUGGGCCGGUAAUUUGAAUAUAUGAACGUGCACACCACAAUUUGCAGGGCCGCGCCCUACUACGCGUCGGCUUGGAAGAGCCGACCUUGUGCCGGCGUGCAUGCUGCUGGAGUGUCGGGGACACCUUUACGAAGUUUACUUAUAAGUUCAUUUUUCUCAUAAAAGCGAUAUUUCUGCCAGAGGAAAGAGGAGUAAGGAACAAACCACCGUAGCAGUGCGCUCAAACGCGACCAGCAUGGAACGAUCCCGCUUACUCAUUGUCGGCAGAGCAAGGAGAUUAAGACUUCCUAUUGACUACAUAGCCAAGAAAAAGUCAGCAAUUUGAUAUUUUAUCGAAUUGGGUUUGCGAUUGGGUUGGGCUUAGCGUCGUAAACUGCGUUUAGAGAGUCGCGGCUGAACAAACGAACGCAAGCACGUGUAAGAUUAUUUUCUGGCCUGAGCUGUUGCGAUGCUUCUUUGUAAAUGAAUAUUCUGUAAAGAAACAGCCUCUUAUAUUUUCGUCAUCGCAUGACUGCAAAUGUGCCGGGCCAAUGACGCGCCUCCAACGAGCUAGCACGUGCUACCAACGCAUCAAGCUCUCAUUCAGAGUGGCUCCCUUUAGCUCGAACUCAGCUUUAUUCGAACAAAUCUUCGGUCCCCUUCGAAUUCGAAUUAAUGGAAUUGCACUGUAUAUUGUUUCUUAGCUUUCAUAGUCGCUUGUGUGUGCAACUAUGCUGUUUUUGAACUGACCACAAUCGUAAUAUUUUUCUUUCACUUUUUAAAUUUUGACAAUAUGCUCUGCGUACUACUAGCCUCUUUCUAGAGGCCUAAGCACAAGAUAUCCUACAACAGAACUACAAGAGAACUAGUUAGAGUUGCGGGUUGGCGUUGUGAGAUUAUUUAGCUUUAUUAUUAUUCAGUUCACCUUUGCGUCAGUCGGCGUUCAACAAGGUGGAAAAGUGAAAUACAGUCACCGACCGAUAUUUUGGACUCGGCGGGGAUUGUGCGAACGUCUGACUAAUCAAGCAGUCUGAAAAAACAAACUUCAUAAAAAAUAAACUGCUUUUAUUCAGUUAAGUUGCUGAAAAAAAAGGGGGGGUUAGUGUUGUGUCGUUGAGUGUACUUCUGUUCCUGUGUGGUCACAUCUGCUUGUAUUUUGUCACUGUUAAUCAGUUCAGAGUUCGACUGCUACACCCAGUCUCACACCUUGUAUUCGUAGUCUGUCUUGCUAAUGGUGAGUCGAGAACUCGCCGAAUGAUCUUGUCAUUGGUUAGUUUAGCAUAUGACCAGAGCACACUGUACAUGUCUGCGAACCUACUUACUACUUCACUUACUACCUACUUACGUACUCCUCUUCCAUGGAGGACGUCUUCAAGCCUCUAGUGGCUGUCCUUGCUGAAAUCCUUCCGUGACGUCCAGUAGCAUUUUCGACUGCUGCUUGACUUUUCGUCUUUCUUUGUUUUCUCGUUUUGACAAGAUUUAUUUGGAAUUUCAAAAUGCCUGCGCAACACCUGCUUGGAAUUGGCCACUUUCGACUUCGGUGUAGAGGAACGGUAGCGAUCGUCCAUGCUAUACAUCGACUCAGUGGGGUGAGCGAUCGUCCUGUGACGGUGUGCGAAUGAGUGAGCAUGUCCGAAACAUCGGUCGGGGGCUGUGUACGUUAUUGAUGCCUUACUGUUUUGAUAAGUGUAAAAUACUACAUCUUUAGUCUGAUGUAGUAGGAAGAGAACAAAAAGAAAAAUCUCAUGUAUUCUCAAAUGAUCUCUGUUUUGUGAGAGAACUAUUAAGUCUGAGGCAUUACACUGUGCCAAAUUAACAUUAAUUAAUUGAAUUGAAGAUUUUGGGGGAAAAAAAACACGUAAUACAAACCGGACUGCUUGUUAACAAAUCGUCAAUAUCCUGCACACUGUGUUUUUCAAUCGAAAAAAAACAAAAAAACUUUCGCUUCUUUCGUUUUUGAAGUACUAAUAAGCGGACAUUAACCUACCCUACCUCCGUUUCUUCGUUUGUACAGUUGUGAUUUUUGGAGACCACCAUUUUUUGGCUUCGUUCAUUCUUCCAGCCCCGCCAUGGGGUUAAAAACUGUGUUCUGCCUGUGCUUUGCACCAUGCGCUGCAAUAGCAGCCCAAUUUCAGAAGGUCUGUCUCGUGCAAACCAUGCUUGCUCAAAGCAUGUUGGGCUUUGAUGACGCAGCAGUGUACAUAAAGGUGCAUACAAAUUAUAGUUUUUCGUGAAGAUGACACAUUUUUGUGCCUGCGCUGCAGCAAAGUCAAAUCUAACCUUAAUGUACAGUGUCUGUGCACACGGCAUUAGUCAACUGAGUAUGUACAUAUUUACUUGUGGCAGAAAAAUGAAGUGUAAAUAUGUUGACGCACCCAUAAGAAGAUGGCUCAAAUUAAGGCACAGUUUACAUGUGUGCUUCCAAAUGUGCUCCAUUUGUACGUUUUUCACCCAUCAUGAAUGGGGCACGUAUGUACCGUGGGCCCGGAAUAGUCACCAAAAUGUAUUGCAUAGCACUUACAAAGUUCAGUUGCUUUUAUUACCUUUCUUCUUGUCUGUUAUUUUUGCGUGUGUGUGUGUGAUACACAAACUACUGUCUUGAAUUACCUCCUUCGAAUACUAACACAUCUUUCACAAAGUAUACAGGUUGUUUUCUUUUUGUUUUUUUAUUCGUUACGUAUUUUUUCUCGAAAAGCUAUGAGAGCAGCACAUAGAUGCUGUUUUUUGCAGUUGAGUUACGCAGCCAAGGUGGACAUCCCCUCGAAGAGUGUGUGUAACCACGAGAUGUCUAACUGCCUAAAAUUCGUCAGCUGUUUAAGUAAGAGCUUUUGGGGGAAAGCGAGAUAGCGGGAUGGGAGGCAAUACUCGUUAAAAGUGUUUCCAUUAGUUUUUUUUUUUUUUUAGCCCUGAAGCAAGCAUGCAUGUGCGUUGAAAUAUCCAUUGCCGAAUGUUGCUUUGCAGAUUAGCCGAAACCAAAACCGUGCACGCAUGCGUACACGCAUGACCUUCAUCGUCGGUGGCUUAUCUGGGCCACAAAGCGGUUUAUCUGGCCAGCAGGUCAGCACCAGUCCAAAUCAUCUCCAUCCCUCCAAAGCACGUGGCUGUCCGACUUCGAAUGAGCGCUGCCCUCUCCGCGCUCAUGAUGCAUGCAGUUCGGGCUUCGGCUCAUUUGCGUAGCAAAAUUCGGCGAUGGAUAUUUCAGUGCACAUGCUCAUUUCAAGAUUUAAAAAAAAAUUAAUAAUAAUAAUCACGGCUUUCAACGAGGAUUGUCACCCACUCUGCUUUCCCACUUUUGCCUGAAAGCCCCUAAUUAAAGAGUUAGCCGGUGAAUUUGUGGGAAGCAGUGACAUAUUCUCUUUGAGAGGAUCUCCGCCUGGCCGUUUAGCUCACCCAUAGCCUUUGCAAAAAAAAUCAGUAAAAAAAACAAAAAACAAACAAACAUAAACACCAUGUACGUGAAAGUGAGUUCUAGAGGUUAAUGCCUUCUUUAGAUCUUUUAACUUCUGACUGUGCUGUUUCCCAAACACCAUUCAAUGCUCGAGCAAAGUUCUUUUAAGCAGAAACGUUGUCACGCUUUCCUUUUAUAUAUGUUCUAUUUAUACACUGACUCUGGUAGUACACAGAUACCUUGGAGGCUUGAAGGCUGAAGGGACAGCUUUGUUUUUGUUUACACAAAAGCUGCAGCGUGAUUAUGUGUUCUCAUUCUGUGGAUUAUGUGAACAAGAAUGCACCAGCGAAGGUUAAAACUGAUAGCGCUACUAUAUAUGAAAGGAUGCAACUAGCGAACAGUCUGUUACCUUUUUUAAGUGACAUCAAACAGGCUCGAGUCAUGUGCAGUCAGUGUAAUUGAAAUGCAUUAAACUAACAUGCUAUGAAGUGUGAA